GUAUUUGCGUGCUGACGUCAAACGCGUGCACCCCCAUGAUUUGGUAAAACCACCCUUCGUACGGAAAUAUGGCGGCUUUGAUUCGAAUUUGAUUAAAAUUCGAAUGGUCUUAUUUUUAAUGGACAGACAAGGAAAUACGUCGGAAAGCACAACAUUGUAAAGGCUGAGAGUCAGUAAAGCGCCCGAGGCGGCAGGGGAACCGCGACAUUUGACUGACAGGACACUGGUGGACUCGGAAGAGGCGUUUUGUGUCGUCUACUUUAGGAAGAGGAGCCCUGGUGUUUGUAGCUACGCGUGGAGCUGGAGGGAGCGACCACCACUGGGGUCGGGGAGUGGGAGGGCAAAAAGCGGACACGGAAAGCGGAGGGUCGAGCCUAAGUGGAUAGGAGGUUGGUAUGUCAGAGACUGUCGAGUGAUGUCGUGUCGUCGACACAGCAGCCUGUCCGGACUCCCUUCACGUCGGUGGAUGCGAAGCUGCCGCGCGACUGCUGCGCGACCUCUUUAAACUCGGUCGGUGAAUAAAAGCCACGCGCCGCAGCGCGAGGAGCCCGCUGGACUUCUUACCAUGCGCUGUUUCACGCUGGUAUACGCUUCAGUCCCUGCGCUAAAAGCUGCGUUCUCGGGUGUGUCGCUCCGCAGUUGGGUCGCCUCGAUAACCAGCUGAACUUGCAUGACACUAGUCAAGGAAUGAACUUCUCUAUUUCCCGUUGAUUGGAUAUUUAACCUUAGCUAAACUGGAUUAUAUGGGAGUACAUUUGGAAUCAGAAUGGUUAAACAUUGAUCGGGAAUGUGACUGGACAUCAAGUAUGGAAUUGACUUUGUAGUCAACAGCUCAUAAGGUGUGUUUUUGGAGUCAGGAAAACAUUACGUGGGAAAAUGGUGUAAUUUUGAUUCUCGUCAUCGGCAGUCACUUUACUUCUUUCUGCUGUCUCAUUAAUACUGACAUAAGACUAAGUAAUGAGCCAACUGAGAGGUGAUAACUAGAUAUUAAUGACCACUAUGAUAUAUGUACGGUGUAGCAUUCAAAGGCCUAUUUAUUACUGAAAUCCACUAAUGUGAAAUAUCGUUUAUUGUAAUUAAGAGAAAUCUAUGCACAGCCAUGGAUCGUGUCAUUGCCUUUAAAUAUGUCUGUAUUUAUUAUGACCUGGGUGCCUUGCUGCAAUGCACGUCAUUCCGAUUUAUUUAAGUUUUGGCUUUUGGCUGCUAAGAUGGUUUUCAUGUAGUUACACCGUGAUCACGUUUAGGUAACAACAUUUAAAAAAAAAUAAAUUAUGGAUUAUCGCCCUAAACUUGUUUUUAACACUAUCAUUAGAGAGUAUAGUCUUACUAGAAUCAUGUUUUUAUAUCUUGUGGCACCUGUCACGCUAGGUUAGGUUUAGUUUUAUGGCAUGUUCAACCCUUUCCUUUUAACCAACCCAAUAUGGUGCAAAACAGAUUACACUUUUUGUUUAAAUCAAGUGGCCUUAUGUGUGAAUCUGCAACCAAAAUAUAACAGCCAAAACAUUAGCUUGCACAAUACUUGUAUUUGCAGCAUUCUGAAUUUUACUCUGAACACACUUGUACUGUGAAGAUGUUCAUUUCUAUGCAUUAGAACACAUGAAUGAAACUGGGCACUGUACAGGGUAGUGGUUGUGAAUGGCACAUUGGGCGCUGGACAGUCACAGCAGUCGAUGAGCGGUAGAACAGAGUGGCUCCUGGAUGACCCAGAUUUCAGGCCUCCUAGCCGCACCAGAGUCUGGCUUUAUUGGAUUUUAGGUCCGGUUUGGGCAACGCCUGUGGAGUGCACCAGCAAAAGCGGAGUGGAAUCAUCACACAGAGGACUGCUCGGUGCUGAAGUCCCCAACAUCCAACCGGGGAGACACCCACCGCAGUAGCGAGCGCUCACGGUGUAAUUCCGGCCUCCCGCCUUUAUGGGGCAGCAGCCGGGGAAGUUUGUCAGCGAGCAGCGGAGGCCCAGUCUGGCAGCGCUGCCCUUCAUCAAGGUAGUUAGGCGGGAGCCGCAGCGCCAUGGGGCCCCUCCCUGCAACGUCUUCGCUGUGCACGAAGCUCUCCAGCGACCUGACAUCGAGCCGCCGGGCCUUACGGAAGCUGCCCGCUGGAACUCCAAGGAGAACCUGUUGGCAGGACCCAGCGAAAACGACCCCAACCUGUUCGUUGCACUGUAUGACUUUGUGGCAAGUGGAGACAACACCUUGAGCAUCACUAAAGGAGAGAAGCUCCGGGUGCUGGGAUACAACCACAAUGGCGAGUGGUGCGAGGCGCAGACCAAGAACGGACAGGGCUGGGUGCCCAGCAAUUACAUCACGCCCGUCAAUAGCCUGGAAAAACACAGCUGGUACCACGGGCCCGUGUCACGCAAUGCCGCCGAGUACCUGCUCAGCAGCGGCAUCAACGGCAGCUUCCUGGUGCGCGAGAGCGAGAGCAGCCCGGGUCAGAGGUCCAUCUCGCUGCGUUACGAGGGCCGCGUCUACCACUACCGCAUCAACACGGCCUCCGACGGCAAGCUGUACGUGUCGUCGGAGAGUCGCUUCAACACGCUUGCUGAGCUGGUGCACCACCACUCCACGGUGGCCGAUGGGCUGAUCACCACGCUGCACUACCCCGCCCCAAAGCGCAACAAGCCCACAAUCUACGGAGUGUCGCCCAACUAUGACAAGUGGGAGAUGGAGCGCACUGACAUCACCAUGAAGCACAAGUUGGGAGGGGGGCAGUACGGGGAGGUCUAUGAGGGUGUCUGGAAGAAGUACAGCCUCACCGUGGCCGUCAAGACCCUCAAGGAGGACACGAUGGAGGUGGAGGAGUUCCUGAAGGAGGCCGCAGUCAUGAAAGAGAUUAAGCACCCUAACCUGGUGCAGCUGCUGGGCGUGUGCACACGAGAGCCCCCCUUCUACAUCAUCACGGAGUUCAUGACCCACGGGAACCUGCUGGACUACCUGCGUGAGUGUAACCGGGAGGAGGUCAACGCCGUGGUGCUACUCUACAUGGCCACCCAGAUCUCCUCCGCCAUGGAGUACCUGGAGAAGAAGAACUUCAUCCACAGGGAUUUGGCUGCCCGGAACUGCCUGGUGGGGGAGAACCACCUGGUGAAGGUGGCAGACUUUGGGCUGAGCCGGCUAAUGACCGGGGAUACAUACACGGCCCACGCCGGUGCCAAGUUCCCCAUCAAAUGGACCGCCCCAGAAAGUCUGGCCUACAACAAGUUCUCCAUCAAGUCCGAUGUGUGGGCGUUUGGUGUACUGCUGUGGGAGAUUGCCACCUACGGGAUGUCGCCCUACCCGGGGAUCGACCUGUCCCAGGUGUACGAGCUGCUGGAGAAGGACUAUCGCAUGGACAGACCGGAGGGAUGUCCGGAGAAGGUCUACCAGCUCAUGAGAGCCUGCUGGAAGUGGGACCCCGCAGAGCGACCAUCGUUUGCUGAGACCCACCAAGCAUUUGAAACCAUGUUCCAGGAGUCCAGCAUUUCCGAUGAGGUGGAGAAGGAGCUGGGGAAGAAGGCAGAGCUGGGGAAGAAGGCAGAGCUGGGGAAGAAGGCAGAGCUGGGGAAGAAGGCAGAGCUGGGGAAGAAGGCAGAGCUGAGCUCGGUACAGCAGGCCCCAGAGCUGCCGACCAAGACCAGAACCCUACGCAAGAACAUGGACCGAGAUGGAGACAGUCCAGAUCCACCGGAGCCCAGCGUGGCCGCGUCCCCAGUGCUGCCUGGCAAGGAAAGGCUGCCCGACGGCAACCUGAACGAGGAUGAUCGCUUGAUGCCUAAAGACAAGGACCGAUCACGGACCAGCCUCUUCAACCUCAUCAAGAAGAAGAAGAAGACCGCCCCGGCUCCCCCCAAGAGAAGCAGCUCCUUCCGGGAGUCAGAGAUGCGUGGAGAGGAGUUCAACAACGGCUCACUUUUCAGCGAUGGCAUCCCUGGCGUUGACCCCGCCAAGUUCCUGAGCACCAACAAUGGUGCGGGGGGCUUGGCUAACGGGGCGGCCGCCUACCCAGCUCCCUCCGGGCUCCUCCCGAUGCACUCCUGGAAGAAAUGUGCGCCUGCUUCCCCUGCUGCCAGUGGCAAGGCACACACUGUGCACCCUGGAGAGGAUGACAUCCUGUCCAACUCCAAGCGCUUCCUGCGUUCCUCCUCGGCCUCCAGCAUGUACCCUGGCUGCCACCACAUGGACAGAAAGUCAGUCACCUUGCCUCGCAACCUGGAGUCGCGUCAGUUCCCCUCAGGCUCCUUUGGUGGCUGCCGCGACCGGCCCGCCCUGCCACAGAAGAAAUCCACGGAACACAAGCAAGAGGGUGCCCCCCGCCUCGGCACCCUCACCCCCCCUCCGCGAUUGCCCAAAAAGGCAGAGGACAUGUCAGACGAGGUCUUCAGGGACCCCGAGUCAAGCCCGGGCUCCAGCCCCCCAACCCUGACCCCUAAACUGCUCCGCCGACUACCCAGUCAGGGCGAGGUCUCCAGGACCAGCGCCCUCCAUGCAGAGCUGCUAAAGCCCAAUGUUUUUCCUGCCCUAGGGGCAGCAGGUGAGGAGUGCCGGUUGCGACGUCAGCACAAGGAGAAGGGUAAAUCACAGAAGUUCAAGCCCGCGCCUCCACCGCCUCCUGCCGCAAAGUCUGCAAAAGUCGCCUGGAGCCCUUCCCAGGACACUCUGCCUGAUGCCAAGGCUAAAGCAUUCUCGCAGGGCCUUGACCCUCACUCUCCCACCCCCAGCACCUGUGAACAGGGCAGGUCUCCCCCGGGACAAGAGGGCAGCAAGAAAGUCAGUCUGGGUGGGACAUCGAAGCUGCCGUCCCCAAAGCCAUCCUCCUCAGUGUCUCCACCCUGCCUGUCUUUGGGGUCCUCUAGCAGUGACCAGGGUGCGUCUGCCACCUUUCCCCCCCUCGUGACACCCCGACGACCUCUGCGUAAGGCCUGGCAGCCUCCGGAGCGGCACUCCAACUCAGCCGCCACCCGGGAGAUGGUGCUGGAGGGAAUGGAGCAACUCCGGGUCGCCAUCGACCGGAACUCUGAGCAGAUGGGCAGCCACAGUGCUGUGCUAGAGGCUGGCAAGAAUCUGUCCAAGCACUGCGCCAGCUACGUGGACUCCAUCCAGCAGAUGAGGAGCAAGUUCGCUUUCCGCGAGGCCGUCACCAAGCUGGAGAGUAGUCUCCGCGAGCUGCAGGUCUGUCCGGCCACCACUGGGGGUGCUGCCGCACAGCAGGACUUUACUAAGCUGCUGUCCUCCGUCAAAGAGAUCAGUGACAUUGUCCAGAGUUAGCGACAAAGGUGCUGGUGUUCCCAGAACGUGCCGGACCGUGAUCAGGGAGUGCUUCGUCUCACUCGUAGCAUGAGGCCCAUUUUGGGGUGGGGCACCAUCUAUACCCCAGGCCAGAAAACACAAAAAGUGCUAAGCAAGGCAAGAAAUCAAAGGCUCCUUUAAAGGAUCCCCAGCUUUGCUCAGUAAGAAAAGCCAAAACACUAACUGUUAACUUUAUGAAAAAACAUUGGAAUCUGCCUCACCUGAAUUUGUGGUUUUUAAUAUUUUAAAGUGUCUUCUAUUCCCACACUACAGAUAUUUUUAUAUACGAUAUAAGGGAGAGUGGUACAAACUCCAGUUUGUCCAAAUGUUGUUCUGGCCCAUUUGAUAGUGCCGAGAUUUCGGUGGGGAAUGUGAAGGGUUACAGGACAGAGAUCAAUGUGCUUUUUGUUUUCAUUUUUUGUUUUAUUUCAGUUUACUCAGCCAUCCCCGUGAGUGUCAACAGGGUCUGUUCUCGGCUUGGAAUUGGGCCGAGAGCCUGUCAGGGCAGAGGAGUCUCAUCCCCAUUAAGCUAAACAGAAUGACCUUUGUUUCACGGCAUGGUGAUGAUCACAUGAUUGGUUGCAGCCAGGGUUGUGUGCUUUUGCAGGUGGGCAGAGUUGGGGAGCCGGGGCCAAUCUGGAACAGUGGGACCUUUUCGUAUCCGUGCCUUAGAACCAUAAACCCAAAAGCAGAGACCGCUUAGACAAGCCGAGUAACAUGGCCUUGCACUACAUGUUUAUUCAGUAAAAGCCUUUAAGUCUAUGGUAUAUACAAGGUCUGUCUGCUGAUGUGUCCCUAUCAUAAACACUUGUGCCCAGAAGUCUUGGGGAAUUCUGCAGUGUUGGCAUAUAAUUUGACAUUUUUGAUGUCUUAAAAGAACUGUGGUCUUCAUUAACAGAUAUUUUUUGACAGUCUUUUUUUAGUUUUUUUUUUUUCACAAAAUACUCAGGAGCUUCCUAAUAAUGACAUCACAGGCGUUUGUUAUAAAUUCCCAGGUGGUUGGUAAGCUGUUUUUAAAGACUAUACUUUAGAUAAACCAAAAAAGCAACCUACACCACUGGCUAUUUAAGCCAGAGGGUUGGUUACACGCGGAGGUGAUGGACAGUUAAGCAAAAAAAAAGUCUACCAAACCGACGUGCCACUUUGCAUCCAACCUGUUAGGAUGUGGUUUAUUUUUAAUUUACUGUUGAUAAGACUUCAGUAUUGGAGUCCUUUUGGCCAUCGCUCUUGCCCUUUCUGCCUGUACAACGUAACACGGUACUUUUUUGUACGUUUAAGAACACGCCACUGUAUUUGACUUGCAUCCUAAUGGUGUCACCAUUUCAGAAUACUAACUUUACGUUUUGGCGUUCGUCCUUGUACAUACCUUCCUAUCCCCUUCCCUAUAACCCUGGUGCAAACACCAGAGUAAUUGUGUUAACUGAGUGGUGGUGCUUUUCUAUUUUGCUAAUUACAGAUUUCAUUAAAAUCUUUCAAAUUGUGUUACAGGUAUAACAAACGCUUGUUCAUAUCCAAACUGUAUUUGUUUUUUACCCCCUGACAACCAAGGAACUGGCCUGCUCUCCUGCCACCACCUUUACCCAGUAUGGGUUCCAGUGCACUGUGUUAGCCACUGCUCAGGUUGCAAGCUCUGUACUGUCAGUGCAACUGAUACUCACUGGUUUAACGGUUACUGUUUGUUUCCUAACAUUUACUUCCUACUGCAGUGCAAGAAAUCUAAUUUUGUAGCUGAAUGUACAGAAAAUGCAUAUCCCCACCUUGGAAAACCAAAAGUCUUUCAUGAACACACUACUACAGUUUACAUUGCCUGAGCUGGCUUGAACAACCUGGUCUGAUCCUGUCUGAACCUAUUUGAUUUGAUAUGAUCCAUGUAGUACAAAUGCUUAAACGGUGAGGUAAUUUCAAAUUCAAUAUGGUUUGAACAGGUUUGCAAUUUCAUCUUUCUACACUAAACAAAUUACUAGCAGUAAGGUUAUAUUAACCAAUGAAAGUUUCAUGUCAUCUGAUUAGAUUCCUGUAAAUAAUCUAUUGCAUAUUCUUGAUUGCUGAAGGUAGAGGAAACACUGACUGUAAUGGAGCCAUUUUUUGCAAUUUCCACAAGUUACAUGAAGCUUUUUAUUGAAUGAAAAACUA